GCCGCAGUCGACCAACGUCGAGUAGUCAUUCUGGAGGCGUGCAGGCAUUGUCCUGAUGUGCUCUGGCGAGAGAUCGCGUCGACAUGGCCCAGAAUGCGAAGCUAGCGGGCCUCACGGAUGAGCUCGUGCAGUCGAUUGUGCAGUUCGACCCUGCUACCAACAAGGAAGCCUACAAACGCGCCAGAGAGCUUGCAACACGCGGCCUGCGCGGACACCAGUAUGCUCGAACGAACCAGUUUGAUAUCAGAAACAACUUCACUGGUUUGGACGAAAAAUGUCGAGUCAAGAAUCGCGAUGAUCUGGCCGAUGCAUUGCAGCUGAGGCUGCAGGAGCUGGAGGGCAUCACUGAUAAAUUCAAGCCUGAGUAUCUUUCCUUGCUACUGCAACUAUCUGACCGACCACUGGAGAACACUCGCGUUGAGGCACUGGACCUUCUGAGGCCACCAACCCCACCGCCUCAGCUCACCUGGAACGAGAUACUGGAAGAGGAUCCAUACAGUGACGAGGACAUUUGGAAGGACAUUGACUAUGCCGAGUCAUCUGGUGACGAGCAGACUCCAUCAAAGCAGAAGAAGCAGCAGAAGCAAGACUCCACGCCCGCGACAAGCGCUGAUGAGGAUAACACGUACGAUCCGGAAUCAUGCAUUGACGUAUCCAGUGAUGCGCUCGUGCAAGAUGUCGAAGCAGCACAGCUCUGGCGCUCCCCUACGAUGGAAGACGGCUCCAAGACCGAAGUCACUGAACUUCAAACGAUUAGGGAGACCUUGUUCAUGCUUGCUGGACUGGAGACCAGUCUGUUUACUAUGGACAGGGAGCGAAGCACUGUGCGUGUCAACGCACGCUUCAAAGUGAGCCACGCCAUGCCAGCGACCGUCGACCAUAUUCUGUCCCAACUUGCAAGCAUCGGUAAAGACGUGCUUCGACUGAGGCAAUGGACACGGAGACCCUCAACUCUGCCACUUGUUCAGACUUUCGAAGCUGCUACGCGUGACCGCCUCUCGGACUACAAUGCCCGACUCUCGCAGCUGCAGCGGCGCUAUCUGGUUCCAGGGUCACCAAUAGCUGUGAGCCUCCUCACGUUACACAACGAUGUUCGAGCCGAGUCAGAGCAGAUACUCCGUCUUUCACAGAUCGUCUCAGACGUCGAGCCACGGCUACUCGUAAACCCUUUCAGUCAUCUGGAAGAGCUUUUCAGCCAAACCACACUUGCACAGAUGACGCUCCAGAAGUCUAGUUUUGACUUUUUCUCAACAAUGCUUUUCGACUGCCUGCGGAUGUACCUAAAGCCAAUCAGGCGGUGGAUGGAGAAUGGCGGAUUGGGAGCCAACGACGAGACAUUCUUCGUCUUCCAGAACGACUCAGGAAGCGAUGUUGCCUCGAUGUGGCACGAUCGUUACGUGCUACGCCGAGAUGCGCAGAAUCUGCUGCGGUCGCCUUCUUUCCUGCAACCCGCAGCAAUGAAAAUCUUCAACACCGGCAAAAGUGUCAUCUUCCUCAAGGAGCUCGGAUACGGUCAUACACUGUCGAACGAAGCUGGCUCCGAACCAGCUCUCGAUCAUGAGUCUGUGUUUGGAACCUCUGAUGAUGUUCCGCUCUCUCCUUUCCCUGAACUGUUCGACGCUGGCUUCGAAAGAUGGAUUCGAAGCAAGUACUCGUUAGCGUCUGCCUCUCUACGGACACACCUUUUCGAAACACAAGGCCUCAUGCGCAUUCUCUCCAUCUUCGAGAUACUCUACCUAAGCAGCAAUGGUGCUGUGUUCGAGAGCUUCGCGAAUACAGUCUUCGAGCGCAUGGAUUCUGGACACCGCGGCUGGAGCGACCGCUACAUGUUGACCGAGCUCGCGCGGAGCAUCUACAGCGACGUGCUCCCAGUGUCAGAUGCGGAAAAGAUCGUAGUGCGCUCAUCUAAAACCAAAGACCACGGCCGGUCUGUCAAGGGCCUUGCUGCUGUAUCUGUCGAUUACUCUCUUCACUGGUCCAUCCUCAACAUCAUACAGCGCUCCGCAAUACCUAUCUACCAACAAUUUUACACCGCUCUUCUGCAAUCCUACCGCGCAAAAUACCUCCUCCAACGCGCCCGCCCUAGUCGAGCUCACAAACCUUCCCCCGACGCACAUCUGAUCUACAAACUUCAUCACCGCCUCACCUGGUUUGUCGACAUCCUGCGCUCGUACUACACCGAAACCAUUGUCGCAUUCACGACCGCAGAUAUGGCGUCCGCGAUGCAGAAAGCAGAGGACAUCGACCAGAUGGCGGAUAUCCACGUUAGGUAUGUGGCAAAGCUGCAGGAGCGCGCGCUGCUAUCGGAAGAUCUGAGACCGAUACACAAAGCUGUCGUGGAGAUGCUGGACCUGUGCGUUUUACUCGCGAAAACAGCCACCGAGCUAGACGGCGGGAAGAUCGAACGCGCCCGACCCUCUGCACCACGGAGGAAGAGCAGCGCGCCUUUGCUGGAGCAGGUCCAGCUCUCGGAUACAGAUGACGACGCAGAGGUGGAUGACGAUGCGACUGCAAACCGAGCUGCGCGGCGCCCUGUAGGCCGUAGCUUCACCGAAGCGCUGCGCACCGUCGACAAAGAAGUCGCGCGCCUUCUGCCGUUCAUCACCGCGGGCCUGAGGAGCGUGGGUAGAGUGGGCGCGGAGCCGAUGUGGGAGCAGCUGGCCGAGCGCCUGGAGUGGGAGAGCAAGAGAGACGAGUACUAAUCGGCGCUUUAGCGUGUUAUGGUUGCAUUCCCGUGUCUAUGUACACCGCUACUAUCAUAUCUGUUACUGUGUUGUCUGCAGCGGUAUCGUGCCGCGCUUGUAC